AGCUCACCAUCUGAACUCGUCUCGCACUCUUUGAGUCUCUUCCGUGAAUUAAACGCUUAGCCAGUCGGGCGGAUCUGAAGCCCUGGCCCCUCAACAUGUCGGAUAUACCUUCCCCUUCAACAAUAACAUCGGAGACAUUUCAUAUAGCGCUGAAUUGUUAUCCUUCAGUCGUCAACAAAGUAUACAAAUCAAAGAACAAAGACGCCAAGAAGGUCUCGGACGCAAUUGAGCGUGACAGGUGGCGAUUCGAGGAGUUGCCUUCUACUGUGGCCCAGCUUAACAGCCCUGGUGGCACCAAGGUCACGACUGGUAAGGGCAAGAUUGAUGUCAAAGAACGAGGCCUCACGAAAGAAGCAAUCGAGAGUCUGGUGCAAUGGAAGAUUACGCACGGUCAUUCUCGUCCUUUUCUUCCGGCUAUGGUUCGCAAGAACGAAGAGUCCGCAGUGCAGGCCCAGACUGCACUUGCUUUGGAAAUGCUCUCGACAACAUCAAGUCUUCCGGAGCCGACGCCGACUGCUACGAUAGUAGAAGCGCUGAAUGCCGUAUGCAAGUUGACCGGCAUCGGUCCGGCCACUGGAACGCUGAUACUCAAUAUCUUCGAUCCAGUCCACAUUCCAUUUUUCCAGGACGAGAUGUACGCUUGGUUCUUCCCGGACACCAGAGCCGAUAAAUUGAAGUAUACUCAAAAAGAGUAUCUGCAGUUGCUGGAGGCCGUGCGUCCGGUGUUACAGCGACUAAGUGUCAAGGCUAUUGAGCUGGAGAAAGUCUCGUACGUCCUUGGCCACCCCGAUUUGCUCGAGGAGCAGGACAAGAAGAGCAUUUUGCAUUCAAGCCGCAAUGAAAGCAGAGAAGACGUACCAAAAGCAAGAGAGGACGUGAAAAUCGAGAAUAUCAAGGAGCGUCAGCCAAAACCAACAUCUUCGGUAAAUAAGGGGACGAAACGUGGGGCGGAUAUCGCAACAGACGGUGAUGAAUCCCAACAACCUACUAGGCGAACGACACGUCGAAAAGCAUGAUCAUCCCCAGCCAGGUUGAGAGCCUACGCGCGUUGAAUUACUGAUUCCAUUACAAGCUAUUCCGAGACCUCUGAAUACAAUGUAUUCUUUCCUGUUCCAACCAAAAUGCAAGUAAGUUAUGCCAUCGACAUUAUUCCAACAUUUUUACAGCACUAGGCCAAGCCCAGCAAGAGCCACGCCAAUCAAACAACGGCCAAUUUCCAAGCCAGCAGCACCAUUGUCGGUGGAAGAGCUGCCAGUUGCACUGGCACUUGCAUCUGCACCAGUUUCGGAAGAGCUGGCAAAGCCGGUUUGGAUUGCAGUUUCGGAGGCGGACUCGGUGCUGCCAGUAAGGCUCGCUGAGGUUUGGGUGGCGGAGGCGGUACCCAACGUGGUCGUAGUGCCGUACACAGAUGCAGCGUUGCAAUUCUGUUCCCGUUGCUGUUGGACUGUAAAAACGCCGGCAUCGUUUGGGCAGUUAUUAUAGCAUGUCAGGAGGUUGCCAUACUGUGUGCACAGACAGGAGUAGUCGGUUUGGCUGCAGGAGUUGACCUGGCCUUGGAUCGUUGCCUUGCAGGCAUCAAGGAUACUGCUACUGUGUGAGCGUUGCUUGCCUGCGUGGGUCUGCGAUUGCUUCUUACUUUUGAGCGGCGCAACUCGACGAGGUUGUGGAAGUGCUAGCUGAAGAAGUUGCUGUUUGAGCUGCCACCAAAGAGGCGAACGAAGCAAGGAGGAGACUUGUAAGCUGC